AUGAAGAUUCGCGGGGGAUGGUUCAACGCGUGGUGGUGCGUCACCUGGGCUCUGUUGUUGAACGUUUCCGCGCGUCCGCUGAGAGAGGAGGCUAACGAGAUGUACAUCGGGCAUCCGAGGUCGUUCGAUUCGACGGCCGCCGGCUACGGAUUCGGGAGGAUAUCCGCGAGCAAAUCGUCCGGGAACGCUGACGACAGCCUGGAGGAGUUGGAGGAAGACGAGGAGGAGGGGGAGGUACCGUCAACAAUGAGGGCUAUUACAGCGAGGGCAAAGAGCGAGCCGGUCCUGUUGCCUUUGAUCAUCGAGCCCGAGGCGGAGAUGCUGCCGCCUGGUUAUAAGGGUGUGAAGCCGCCCGGAGUUAGCCACAUGGAACUCGUGCUCGUGAAACCGCAAACCGACCGAUCGGGUAGCCGUAGGAGCGCGACGUCGCCGACCGACGACGAGAAUCCCGGUAAGCCCGACGGAUUCGAGAGGGAUCGCGACGCGUAUCACGCGGCGUCCGAGCGUGAGGUCAUGAGAGACGAUCGAGGCAGCGACAGGCGCGUCGCCUCCGAGCUGUCUGCCACGGGUGACACGAAGAGGGAGAGCGAGAGGAGCGAGCGCGUCGAAUCCUCCGGUAAGGGUGAGGGCUAUUCCGAAAACGAGAACCGCGCCGGGAAGCGUGCGGAUGAGAUCGAGGGGAAGAAGGAUGUCACGGUCUACGAGAGCGGGGAUAGCCGCGAGGGGGUCCGUAACGCCGGCGGAUAUCGCAACGUUUAUCACAGGGACGAGAGCAAGAAGGACGCGGACUUCUACGACAACGACCGUCGGGGUGGACAUUUCGAGGAGCACGGUCGAUACGACGAGAAAUACGCAGCCGAGGGGAUGUACGGGAAAGCGGGGAGCUAUGAGUCCAGGGUGGUCAAGGCGAAAACCAAUAAACGGCGGAAGUCAGAGGGGACGAGGGCCAGCUGA